AAGAAGAACCCAACGCAAUGUGUUACAAGUAAACAAUAGUAGAUCGCACAUAUAAAAGCAUGAAGAUUCUCGGACCAAAUCAUUCGAUUCAAGUUGAUAACACGAAUUAGUCGCUCAAAAACAAUCAAAAUGUUCAAAUUGAUCAUCGCCGUCCUUUGCUUCGUUGCUGUCGUAGUAGCCAGACCAGGAUUAUUGUUGUCUGAAGAAUACCACGGCAACUCCGCCUUCGCACUACGACACGGUCUCCCUGUUGCUGCUCCAUUGGUAGCUGCUCCAGUUAUAGCUGCCCCAUGGGUAGCUGCUCCAUUAGUCCAUGCUCCAGUUGUAGCUGCUCCAUUGGUCCAUACUCCACUUGUGGAUGCCUACGCUCACAGCUAUGGAUAUGACGACUUAUUGGGCUAUUCAGCUUUGUAAAUUGGAUAUUUGACGGCAUUUUAGUGUCAUAGAAAAUGAUUUUAGUAAUGAAAAUAAACCAUGAAAUAAACACGUGUGA